UAUAAAAGCUCCCGCAUCCUCCUCUGCCUCUGACACUCUGUGUUUGAAUGAUACAGUGUCUUCUCCUCCUCCUUCUCAUCCUCUCCUCCUCCCGUGUUUUCUCGGAAACAUUUUCCUGCAGUAGAAUAUCAAAUUCUCGUCUAUGGUUCUGACUCAAGCCUCCAAAAUGUCCCGGACCGAUGAGGUGCACCGUAUAACGGAGAAUGUCUAUAAGUCCAUCAUGGAGCAGUUCAACCCUUGUUUAAGGAACUUUGUUGCCAUGGGGAAGACUUACGAGAAGGCCCUCUCCAGUGUGACAUUUGCAGCAAAAGGCUACUUCGACGCACUGGUGCGGAUGGGAGAGCUGGCCAGCGAGAGUCACGGCUCUAAGGAUCUUGAAGAGGCAGCAUGGGAUGUGCUUUUUCAGAUGGCGGAGGUUCACAGACAGAUCCAGAUGCAGCUAGAGGACAUGCUGAAAUCAUUCCACAAUGAACUACUCACAGAACUGGAGAAAAAAGUGGAAUUGGAUGUUCGCUACCUAAAUGCAGCUCUGAAGAAAUAUCAGAUGGAACACAAAAGUAAAGGAGAGAGUCUGGAGAAGUGCCAGGCUGAACUGAAGAAACUGCGCAGGAAGAGUCAAGGCAGCAAGAACCCCUCCAAAUAUGGAGACAAGGAGAUGCAGUACGUCGAGACCAUCAGCAGCAAACAAAAUGAGCUGGAUAACUACAUCUCUGAGAGCUACAAGAACGCCCUGUCCGAAGAAAGACGGAGGUAUUGCUUCCUCGUUGACCGUCAGUGUGCAGUGGCCAAAACGAACAACACCUACCACACAAAGGGCAGAGACUUGCUGACGCAAAAGAUCCCAUUGUGGCAACAAGCGUGUGCCGACCCAAAUAAACUCCCAGAGCGGGCGAUGCUUCUGGCUCAGCAAAUGGGCUCUGGAGCGACGGGGACACUGGGACCCAGUAUCCACCACACCUCUAAAUCUAACCUGACCAUCUCAGACCCCAUUCCCGGGGCCAAGCCACUUCCUGUGCCACCUGAGCUCGCAGCUCUCAUGGGGAGCCAACAGGCGAGGAUGAUGGGAGCAGAUAGCCUACCCAUAGUGAAUGGCUCAGGGGUCCAUGCAGGAGAAGACUACCAACGCUGGAUGGAGACGAGAGCCGCACAUGAGAAACCAGCCCACAGACAUGGCGGAGAGACCUUCUCCAACACCCUGCCUGUCCGCAAGGUUGCGCCUGUGAAGCCCAAGAACACUCUGGCAGAGACACAGACCCUGCCCAGGUCAAGCUCCAUGGCAGCUGGACUGGAGAGAAACGGACGGACACGUGUUCAGGCCCUCUUCUCCCAUGCCGCCGGAGACAACAGCACACUCCUCAGCUUUACAGAAGGAGACAUCAUCACACUCUUGGUGCCUGAAGCCCGGGACGGUUGGCACUACGGCGAAAACGAGAAAAACAGAAUGAGAGGCUGGUUCCCGUUCUCCUACACCCGUGUGAUUCCUGAACCAGACACCAAUAAACUCCACGUCAGUUUGCAGCAUACCAGGAGCAGCAGCACAGGAAAUCUUCUGGAGAGAGAGAUGGCUUUGCCAACACCUGAUUACGGCAUGCCCACACGCUUCCUCACCCAGCAGCAGAGCACAGCACACAGCCGACAGAGACCAUACAGCGUGGCAGUGCCAGGAUUCUCACAACAAGGGUUGGAGGAAUACGAGUCUCGAUUCCAAACGAGCCGGAGCAGACGAACAUAGCUGACGUUUCUGAAGGUCUAGCCCAAACAUAAGUGCGGAGGGCAAAUUGAUUUCGACAGUGUGAGAGGACAGACAAACACACAGACACCACCUUCCCCUCCGUCCACACACCCCACCCCCUGUCUUCCUUUAUCUCUCAACCGUCCAUCCCCCUUCACUCCACCCUCAGCGGAAGAGGAUCUAAAUCUACCCUUCCCACCUUCUAUUUCCCCUAUUUUGUCCCAGUCGGAACGGAACCGGAAUGCCGAGUAUUCCAUGUUGACCUUCCUCAUUAUACGCUCCUAUCAUGAGGAUGUUGAACUUACUUCAGUAAACAUGUUGAAUUGUCGCUAUGUAUCUCUUGCCUGUCUUUCAUGCAUGUACAUGUCAGCAAUGUAUAAAUGCGGAACUUUUGCCAUCCAGGAAUAGUUUACAUGAAAAUAAAUUCUGUUGUAUACAUUAUUUUAUUAUAUUAUUUUCUUCUAUGGAACACAAAAGACUUAUUUUAUUAUAGUAUAUCUAAGCAGUUUUUUCCCUUACAAUGAAAGUGAAUGCUGACCAGAUUUUCUUUGAACAAAAUGCUUUUUUGGUCAUUUUGUAGUUGGACAGCAACCCUAUCCGCUUUCACUUUAGGGAAGAGAAAAGCUCAAAAAUCUGAAUUUCUUACUUUGUUUUUGUGGAAGAAAGACAGGUUGUAUAGGUUUGGAACGACAUGAGGGCGAGUAAAUAAUUUUUUUGUUGAACAAAAAUCUUUAAUGAAUCCACUGUGGUAAUAUGAUUAAAUUUGUUGUUUGUAACAAUACUGAUGGGUUUAUCAAAGUAUAAACGACUGUUAAUAAUGAAACUCAGCUGAGAAAGACCGCAUUCUGGUGAGUUUGCAUAUUUAUAAAAAUGUAUUCACAUGUUUUUAAUUAUUCCUUUUACACUGUACAAUUGAAUGAAUUUGAUGUAAUUAAUUAUCCACAACGUUCAGUGUUUUUCCAUUUCAUUGCCAUGACUGACGAUUGUUUUUACACGAUUUAAACCAUGUUUAAUAUUGACUAAACAACAUUUAAUUCAAAUGUCCACCUAAUGUUUAAUAUAUGGCCAUUUAUUUACGACAGAUAUGUUACAGCGACUGUAAUUUCUUGAAUAUGUGGACAUCAAAACGUGUAAACUCAAGAGUGAUGGUUUGAGUUUAAACAGAACAUGAACAGUUAGCAUAUUGACGUAUUCUCCUGUGUUUGCGUAGGUUUCUAAAUUAUUUAUCUUACACAUCUGACAAAGCAUUACACUUUAUGGUUUUUAAAUGGGUUUAAUAUAUCAUGCAGCCUUGGAAAACAGUCUAAUAAUGUGUUUCAUGGAAUCUCGUCCGUGGAAUGCGCCACUUCCGGUAUUUUGCUUCCGGUUACUAGACGGGCAAAUUGCAGUCGAAGAUUUUAAAAAUCGAGUACUCUAAUUGAAUCGGAUAAAUCGUGACAGCUCUAGUGCGUACUGCACUUUUUGACAUUCUUUGUGUGAAUAUCGAGUCUGAAAGCCUAGAGGUUGAACUGAAGCAAAUUCUUUAAUAUAAAUGACAAAAACAGGUUGUUUAUGGAAUUCAUGGUUCAUGCAUGAAAGAAAAGACAACUGGUACCUAUAUAUCCAUAUCUCAUCACCAACCACGGGUGAAGCAAUAAGCAGUAAGCAGCUGUAUGUUGGUGAUUCACCACAGAUGAGAGGUAUAACCCUCUUAACCAUGGUAAAUCACUGGAACACAUGGCAACGAGCGGCUCAUUGCUUCUAUAAAUAAAAGCAGAAAGGAAUGAACAAUAUAGUUUUAGUCUAGACCAUUUACGGUUGCCAAGCAACGUCUCAAAUUUAAUGUAGAAUGUUCAGCUCAUCCAUUCAGAUAUUAGAAUCUGAACUAUCCAUUUUUUCUCUUCUGCACUGAUGUGUGUUGCGGUCGUUAUAGCGAUACAUCCAUAUUAAUGAUGUGCCAAGUCUUAACAUUAAUAUAAUCCAUGUGAUCCAGUGCCUUGUACAUAGCACACAAUAUUUGUAAAUACUAUAACUUAAAAUCGAAUGUUGAAUUGUAAUCCUGAGUAAUAUUUUUUUCUUUUCACAUUGUUGCGUUGGUUCAUUUGGUUCAACAAGAUCUCUGUACAGCUUUUUGAUUCAAAACAUAUGUAAAAACAGCAAUAAUCAAAUUUGAUACCAUCCUUUUUUUGUUUAGUAUCAAUUAAAACAUUAUGCUUAUAAUACACUUACACACCACUUGUGUGAGUUUUUUAGCCUUUUUCACAGGAGUGAAAGCUGAAGUCUUUUAGUUCCAGUGUUGUAAUGAAAGGGAACUGAUUAAAUGCUUUGAAAUAGCCUUUUUCAUAGAAACAAUAUGCUUAUGAUUAAGCUACAAAAGAAACGACGUUUCUCUGAUGUGACAGAAACACCACAUUGCUUGUCUGGUCUAGUAAUUGUUUAAAGGUGGACUGCUUUAUAUUUUCUCUGUAUUGUACUUGAAAAGUCAAUUUAUUGUUGUAUGAAGGUGAUGCACAAAUAAAUAAAAAGCACCUUCAUUAUUACCACAAAGUAUGCGUGAAGACAUCCAGAUUGUUUUGCUAAACGUUUUCCUCCACUAAAGAUCCUGCCAGGUUCUUUGUGUCUGUCUGUCUCUUCUCCUGCUAUAGUUUUUUUUUGCUUUUGCUCUGUUUGUCUUUUUCUGUGUGUGUAACUAAACCAACGUCUUGCUGUAGCUCUGCCAACACUCUCCAUCUCUGUUUUGAUGAAUUUAGAGACAAAAGCAGUAAGGUGUCAAGGACUGGAAGCCAGUGCCAGUGUUUCUUCUUUCUGCACUAGAGUAAAGGCCAUGGUACAGCCGCCACGUUCAGAGAAAGCUCCACCUCUGUCAUGAUAUUUAUGUUGUUUUUCUUCUGGAAUGCCCACUUUUUGGAUGUAAAAGGAGAGAAAGUACAGUAAAUGUACAGUCAAGUAUAUACACACACUCCAAUAUGCAUGUAUUUUGGGCGACUCCGGAACAGUGUAAUGUUGCUAAAUGACCAUGUGACUUUCUACUCUUAAAAAGACGAAUAAACAUUUCUUCAGAUUAAAUCGGUGUAGUCAUUUCUUAGCUUU